ACAUAAUCAACAAUGACUUGUAGUUCUCACCUUCUCACUUAACACUUAACAGUAGAGCUCAGAAAUGAUUCAGGCUUCAGCCAUGCCUGUGAUCCGACUCAUCUCAGCCAGCACAAUCCAAGCACCGAGUCAAGCCGACUCAGCUCAGAAAAUCCACUUAACACCAUGGGAUCUUGUGUCCCUCCCAAUCAAGAUAAACCAAAAAGGCCUUCUUUUUCAUCACAAACCAUCAUCAUCACAAAUUCAGCAUCUCAGACACUCCCUUUCCACCACCCUCGCUUUCUUUCCACUCCUCGCCGGCCGUCUCAUGGCUACUGAAGGCGAAAACAACACCACCUAUUGUCAUAUCCUCUGCAACAAUAAAGGAUCCCUCUUUGUCCAUGCCAUAGCAGAGAACACAAGUGUUGAUGAUAUUCUUCAGCCAACGUACGUUCCUUCCAUUGUCAACUCCUUCUUCCCACUUAACGGAGUUAGAAACUGCCAAGGCACGUCUCAGCCGUUGCUUGCGGUGCAGGUCACGGAGCUAGUUGACGGCGUCUUCAUCGGCUUCACGAUCAACCACGUGGUCGCCGACGGAGAGUCAUUAUGGCAGUUCAUCAAUUCAUGGUCGGAAAUUUCACGUGGCUGCCAUAAACUAACUAAAGAUCCUUCGCUGGAGCGGUUUUUUCUUGAUUCCGUUGAACCUCCAUUUCCAAUACCAGCACCCUCUCCAUUCAUGAAGGAGGAGAAUCAAAACUGGCAAAACUCAACACCAGAAACACCAGUGAGGGUGUUUCAUUACACGAAAGAGAAAAUAGCACAACUCAAAGCAAAGGCUAAUGCAGAGGCCAAAACAGAGAAUAUAUCUUCGCUGCAAGCGCUUUUGACUCACUUUUGGAUAUCCGUGAUUCGUUGCAGUUUUGUGGACGCGCAAGAAGAGGUUUUCAUCUUCUUGCCUAUUGGCGUUAGAGGGCGAAUUGUUCCGCCGUUGCCAGAGAAUUAUUUCGGGAACGCUUUGCAGAUUGGAGUUGUGAGAAUGAAAGCAGGGGAGCUGCUUCAAAGUGGGAUCGGAAAGGGUGCUAUGGAAAUGAACAAGAUGGUGGCUUCGCACUGCGAUGAGAAGGUGAGGAGCCACUAUGUUUCUAUGGCGAAGAAGCCGGUCUUGCUUCAACUCGGUGGUGCCGUUGGUGCGAAGGCUUUGGCCACUGGAAGCUCGCCAAGGUUCAAUGUUUAUGGUAAUGACUUUGGUUGGGGAAAGCCUGUGGCGGUUAGGGCUGGUUCGAAUAUUGGAGAAGGAAUGGUUGUUUUAUUUGGAGGGAAGGAAGAAGGGAGUGUUGACGUUCAAGUUUGCCUCCCUUAUGAGAUAUUGGAGGCCAUGGAAAGUGAUUCCGAGUUCAUAGAUGCCUUCUAAAACAAAAAUACUACGUUCACCUAAAAAUUAUCUGCAACCAAAUUAAUUAUUAUGUAUUUAUGUAUAAAUAUAUUUUUAUUUUAACUAAAUUUUGUGUAAAUCGUUCAUGGU